UCUUAUCACAGCGAUGAUUUUCGAUGUAGUUGCGAUUUCAAGACACCAUACACUGUAAUUACACACGUGUGCGUGGAAGAUCGUGUAUUUUUAAGAACUCCGACCAGUCUGCCAUUAUUGAUCACAUCUUGGAGAAUUCAACAGACCAAAAAUCAAAAUGGCGGACGAGCAGAGACCUCAGAAGAGUCACAGAGAGCAGAAAGCCGGGAGGAAGUUUGAGAAGAAGAAAGCUAGGACCAAACCCGUUGAUGAAAACAUGACCGCUCGUCAACGUAACCCUAAGGCUUUUGCCAUCCAGUCUGUGAAUAAGACGGCCCGCAAAGUUCGCAGGACACUUGACAUAAAGGAGAAGAAGCAUCAUAUUCCGGUCGUUGAUCGCACGCCACUCGAGCCACCCCCUGUUGUCGUGGCUGUCGUUGGUCCUCCAAAGGUGGGGAAGACAACUUUAAUCCGCUGCCUCGUAAAGAACUUUACUCAUCAGAACCUAGCCACAAUCCAAGGACCUGUUACAAUUGUAUCAGGAAAGAAAAGGAGGCUGACUUUCCUUGAGUGCAAUAAUGACAUAAGCAGUAUGAUUGAUAUUGCUAAAAUUGCUGAUUUGGUGUUACUUCUGGUCGAUGCUAGCUUUGGUUUUGAGAUGGAGACGUUUGAGUUCCUGAACAUUGCUCAAGUGCACGGAUUCCCUCGUAUCAUGGGUGUUCUCACUCACCUUGACAUGAUGAAGGACAACAAGGCGUUGAAGAAGACAAAGAAACGACUCAAACAUCGAUUCUGGACAGAAGUCUACCAGGGUGCCAAGUUGUUUUACCUGUCCGGCAUGGUUUACGGUGAUUAUCAGAAGAGAGAGGUCUUGAACCUGGGACGGUUCAUCUCUGUGAUGAAAUUCAGACCUCUCGUCUGGCGGAGUAUGCAUUCCUAUGUUAUAGCUGACAGAAUGGAAGACCUGACCAGUCUAGAACUGGUUAGACAGAAUUCAAAGUGUGACAGAACAGUUUCACUGUAUGGCUAUGUGAGAGGUGUACCGCUCAAGCAGAACAGUUCUAUUCAUAUUCCAGGUUGCGGAGACUUCCCCAUCAGGGAUGUGUCAUUUCUCUCGGAUCCCUGUCCGUUACCGGACAAAGAGAAGAAACGAUCGCUGAAUGAAAAGGAACGUCUUAUCUACGCCCCAAUGUCUGGGGUAGGAGGUAUCGUGUAUGACAAGGAUGUCGUCUAUAUUGAGCUGGGAAGCCACAAAGCUCAUAGUCAGACCGUCCAGGAAGAGGAGGGGCCAACUAAGGAACUAGUGAGUAACCUGAUUGGUUCUCAGAAGACCCUUGACACCAAGAUGGCUGCCAGUAAACUCACGCUCUUCGCUGACUCUAAACCAGUAACGUCACAAGAGGUUGCCAUGGAUACAAGCAUUACAUCGCAAGAGGCAGACAUUUCCAGUGAUGGGAAGUCGAGAAUGAGGAGGAGAGCCGUUCAUCUUGGAGAUAUGGGUGAUGAUAAUGAGGAUGAAGACGACGAUGACGAUGAGGAGGAUGACGAUGAUGAUGAUGAGGAGGAGGAGGCACUUGAGGAUGAAGAAUGGAAUUUAGCUGAUGAUAAAGGUACAUCCCAAGGAGACGUUGCGUUUGCAGAUAGUGAGGAUGAGCUAGAACUUGAGAAGGAAUCGAGACCCGAAGAUGACCUACAGAACGAUGAAAUGGAAGACAGUGAAGAGGAUACCAAAGAGGAUGAUGGGAUAGGAAGAAAUGAUGAGGAGGAGGAGGAUGAUGAAGAUGCCCAACAAUCGGGUCAGUUGAAAUGGAAGGAGAACCUCAAGCAAAGAGCGGCUGAGAGCUUCUUAAGACAGCAAACAGAAACGCCAAACCUAAGGAGACUCGUUUACGGUACCGCUGUGGAGGCUGGUUCUUCUGAUGAGGAAGACAGUACAGAGUUGGGUGGACUCUUCACCCUCACCAAGACCAAGGAAUCCAAGAAGAAAAUGAGGAAAGCGAUGAACGAUACCGAUUGUUCUACGUUUCCCGUGCAGACGGUUAGAGAUUGGACAUUGGAUGAGAUGAAGAGCCUUAUAGCUGAUUGUAUGGUGACAGGAAAGUGGGGUGAAGAAGAAGAUGCAAAGACUCUCUUAGAGCAAGAUGAUGAACUGUAUGGGGACUUUGAAGAUUUGGAAACGGGCGAGGUGCAUAAGGCGGAGCCUUCCAAAUCCCAUGCUGACGACAGCGACGAUGAGGAUGAUGAUGAGGAAGAUGAUGAUGACGAGGAAGAAAAGAAGAAGAGCAAAAGAGAUAUGACGCUGGCCGAGAAGAGGGCUGAGAAGAAGAGGAAAAUGAAGGAGUUAUUUAAUGCAGACUACGAUAAUAAAGGAGGAGAAUCAUACUUUGAUGAAUUGAAAGAAGAAAUGAACCAACAAGCACAGUUGAACAGAAGUGAGUUUGCUGACAUGGAAGACGAAGUGAGGACACAAUACGAGGGCUUCCGCUCAGGAAUGUAUGUCAGAGUAGAGAUUGCAGACGUACCUUGUGAAUUUGUGACCAAUUUUGACCCGAUGUAUCCCAUAAUUCUCGGAGGUCUGCUCAACAGCGAAGAGGCAGUAGGGUAUGUGCAGAUGAGACUGAAGAAGCACAGAUGGUAUCCAAAGAUCCUGAAGACCAGAGAUCCUAUCAUCUUAUCAGUGGGUUGGAGACGUUUCCAGACCAUACCACUCUAUUCCAUCCAAGAUCAUAAUGGACGCAAUAGACUCCUCAAGUACACCCCGGAACAUAUGCACUGCCAGUCCAUCAUAUGGGGUCCCAUUACACGUCAGGGCACUGGAGUUUUGGCUGUACAGUCUGUUGCUGGUAGAAUGGCUGGCUUCAGGAUAGCUGCAACUGGAGUGAUCCUGGAUCUAGACAAGUCUGUGAACAUUGUUAAGAAACUCAAGCUGACCGGUACACCCAUGAAGAUCCACAAGAAUACAGCAUUUAUACAGGGUAUGUUCAAUACUGCCUUGGAAGUGGUCAAGUUUGAAGGAGCAUCCAUUAGAACGGUCAGCGGUAUCCGUGGUCAGAUCAAGAAACCGUUGAAGUCACCGGCAGGAGCGUUUAGAGCCACCUUUGAGGAUAAGAUUCUCAGGAGUGAUAUUGUGUUUGUGAGUACAUGGUUCCAAGUCGCCAUUCCCAAGCUGUACAAUCCUGUGACUACUCUACUGCUUUCCGCGGAAAACCGAGGGAACUGGACAGGAAUGAGGACAGUUGGACAACUCAGACACGAUGCUAACAUCCCUGUGCCUAAUGAUAAAGAUUCUAACUAUAAGAAAGUUGAGAGGAAGCCUCGAAGGUUCAACCCUCUGGUUGUUCCAAGAAGUCUGCAGAAGGAACUUCCGUUCAGGGAGAAGAGCAGGAACAAGGGACAGAAGACACAGACGAUAGCAAAGAAGGGUCCGACCUUGGGUGCUCUGAGAGCCGUCGUCAGAGAACCACAGGAGAGGAAGGUUGCUGCAUUGAUGCACGAACUGAGCACACUCUACAAAGAAAGAGAGCGGAAAGAACGAAAAGUCAUGGCAACAAGAGUUAAAUCACAUAAGAAAAAGGUGGCGGUCCUGGAAGCGCAGAGAGAAGAAAGACAGAAGAAGGCCAAGCAAGAGGUCUAUAGGUUACUAGGACAGAUGAAGAAAAAGGAUAAAAGGUGAUGAUGAAUGGAAUAACAGAAGAUUCCUAUAGACUGCUACAUGUAGUGAAUGGAAAAAAGGAUUAAAGAUAAAUGAAAGUAGUUGCAGUAAACACUGAUGUCACGAGAAAGUCAGUAAAACCAGACUUAAUUGUCAGUAUAUCAUCAAGGAUCUAGAUCUGGUACAGUUACAUAAACUGAACUUUGUGAAAUCCUGAAAUCUACGCUGAAAAUUGUUCACACUGAAGAUCACCAACACAGAUAAGCGCACAUGGGACAGAGUGUUAUUAUUGCAUUGAAUGUUGGCCCGACACUUGACCCAAAUCCCAUGCUUAUUUGCUAAUUUCUCAGCAAUUACACAAUUUCUUCUAGAAUCCUUUGGCACAUACAUUUUAUUUAUGCAAACAGACACUUUGGUGGUUAUUUCAUCGGAUUCUGUACGAACUCAUUUUGAAAUCGUUACCACAACUGGCAUUUAUCUUUAAGUGGAUAGAACUCUCAUGUGGAUUCAGAAAAACAAUGGAUUUUAUGAAAUGUGAAUUGGACAGCUUCAAUCAUGGAUAUUAAACAGAUAUGGACCAAGGGCAGAAGAUAGCUGGUCUUUAGGCUCCUAGGACAGAUUAAUAAAAAAAAAAAAAGAAUCAAGGGGUGAUGAAUGGUUUACAGAUAUCAGGAGAAUUCUACAGACCGCUGGUGAAUUGAAACGAUUGUGUGGAAAGAACUUCCAGGUGUAUUCAGGAGGAAUGAUUGAAUGGAAUGAAAUAAGGAUGUGACAGCUUGAAUGGUGGAUAUUGCACAACAAUGAAAGAAGGGCAGCAGACAGCCAAAGAAGGGGUCUGUAGGCUACUAGAAGAGAUGAAUGGAAAGAGCCUGAAGUCAUCAGUGGCCGGAACUGAGGAACUCCAUCAGAUGCAUGGGAGCUUAAACAGACUUCGAGCCUAAAUAUGGAUGAUAAAACAAAAUUAAAUUGUUUUAUAUAGGAUGU